GUGACGCUGUUUUGCAUCAUCAACAAAUUUGUCUGAUUGGUUUCUAGUCAAGACCCUCCUCCAUUAGCGCAACAGCGGCGAAAUGCCCGGCGAUGAUUGGUCAAAAGUUGUGUGAAAAUGUCCGCCUAAAUUCAAACUAGGCGCGCGCUGCCUGUGUGCUGGCAGCCUCUUUCCUCAUUGGAUGCUGGUAAACCUCCCCGCGCGCUCUCAGUGUAUAUAUAGCCGUGCUUGGCCGGUACAGUUUAUAUUCUUUCAGGCUUAAUUGUGAGACGACUUCAACAUGAGUGGAAGAGGAAAAACCGGCGGCAAGGCUCGUGCUAAGGCAAAGACCCGUUCAUCUCGUGCCGGGCUCCAGUUUCCCGUCGGCCGUGUCCACAGGCUUCUGCGCAAAGGCAACUACGCCGAGCGUGUGGGUGCCGGUGCCCCGGUGUACCUGGCGGCUGUGUUGGAGUAUUUGACGGCUGAGAUCCUCGAGCUGGCCGGCAACGCCGCUCGUGACAACAAGAAGACCCGUAUCAUCCCGCGUCACCUGCAGCUGGCCGUCCGCAACGACGAGGAGCUCAACAAGCUGCUGGGCGGAGUGACCAUCGCUCAGGGCGGCGUGCUGCCCAACAUCCAGGCCGUGCUGCUGCCCAAGAAGACCGACAAGCCGGCCAAGGCCAAGUGCUGCCUCACAGCUUGUACACAGGAAAAUCUAGGAUGUUCCACCGUUACGCUGGCUGCAUAGCUGAGAUCCUGAAGCCUGUCAAGUCAAAUAAACAAGACAAAAAUAAGCAC